UGGCGGCUUCUCCUUGCACCUUUUCUUGCCCUGAAGAGUAGCAAAGCCGUGAAUAUAUAGAAAAACACACAGAAACACACAUACACAGCUAAAGAUGUUAGAGGGAAAAUUUGACCAAGCGUCUCUAUUGAAAAAAAUUAUCGACUCGAUCAGAGACUCGGUGAAGCUUUGUAACUUCAACUGUUCGCAGAAUGACGGUAUCACCGUGCAAGCGAUCGACGACUCGAGAGUCCUUUUGAUUGCGUUGAAAAUGGACCCGGGCUGUUUCCAGGAGUUCAGAUGUGACAGAGACAUGGUGUUGGGUCUCGACUUGGAGUCGCUUGGCAAGAUCUUGAAGCAGGGUAACAAUGAAGACUACUUGACGCUGAUUGCGGAAGACAAUCCAGACUCGUUGUUGAUUGUUUUCGAGGACAAGAAGAAGGACAGAAUCUCCGAGUUCUCUCUCAAGUUGAUGGACAUCGACUCGGACGUGUUGACGAUCGACGACAUGGACAACGACUGUUCGAUAACAAUGCCUUCUGCGGACUUCUCCAAGAUUGCCAGGGACUUCAAGACGAUGAGUGAGUCUCUUCAAAUCAUUGUCACCAAGGAGUCCGUUAAGUUCAAGGCAGAAGGCCAGAUCGGGUCCGGUAGCGUCAUCUUCAAACCACACACAGACUUGGACAACCCAGACGAAAGCAUCAAGAUUGACAUGAACCAGCCAGUCAACUUGACCUUUGGUGCAAAGUACUUGAACGACAUUGUCAAGGCCUCUACCCUCUCCUCCACCAUUACCAUAAAGUUGACAGACAAAGCACCUGCCCUGUUCGAGUUCAAGCUUCCUAGUGGGUACCUCAGAUACUACUUGGCUCCUAAGUUCGAGGACGAAGAGUAGUCCUGUUGGUUGUUUCGCUUUCUCACCCCAUUCUACAGUUCCUGUGU